CUAAUAAAUCUCCCUUCUUAUGAACAUCCCGAGCAUGCAGAGCUAAGAAAAUUCAGCAUUGUUGGUGCUGAACAACACAGCACCCUUCAACUUUGUUUUGGGUAAAUCACUGCAAAAGGUACUCCAUUCCAAGUCUCUAGGUUGUACCACAUAUUUUACAUUGUGUGUAUAUAUUGCAAUGGGUAACAUUCUACGCAGCGGUGGUCUUCUCAGCAAUGGCGGAACUGGGGAUGACCCUUGCCAUGUUCAGCUGGGAAAAUAUGCCGCCAUUGCUUUAUCAGAAAGGCAAGUUAUGAUGCAACAAAAUGGUGGAGUCUUGGAGAGCUGGAACAUAACAUACGAAGUAGGUGCUUCAGCCUGUGCACUACAACUAACAAGAGAAUGUGACUACACUAAAAACGUCAAGGGUUUACGCUUACAACUCCGCAGCGAGACAACCAAACGCAGUGGAGAUCUUGCAGAGUUCGAUUUCUUUUUAGACGUGCAAACAAUAAAUGGAGACGAUUUCGUGGUAUCUCCUCGCUGGUUCGCCAUCUGCGGCGUUCAUACAACAACAUCACUCAAUCAACACAAGAGGGUUAACAACAAAACGGGUAGUGUUUCGGACAUGGACAUGUAUUUGUAUGGCGAGGGACACAAAGGGGGUUUUAUUGUUCUCGAGAGGAAGAAAAAGAGUGGUCAUUUAUUACCUUUUGAAGUGACUUUGGCGCAUUAUCAUGCUACUGGUUCAGGCAUUAAUGAUUACCGUAAGAUUAAACCAGAUUUUGGGCUUUCUAUGGUCGCAAAGAUUCGAUCAAUCGGUGGGAAUUUGACCAUAAUGGUGGAUGGUCCUGAACAGCACCCUUCUUCUGCAUUAUUGUACAUGUUUGAUGAAGUAAGUAGAAAUGGUUAUUGGCAUCGUGACAUGUGCCCUCACUGCGCUAAAAAUCCGAAGAAGCAGAACCGAGAACAGUGGCAGUCUGAGAGUGAAGACAGUGAUAGUACUCCCAAAGGAGUAUCUCUGGGUGGAAGCGGAAAAAAUGUAAGAGUGAUUUCCAAUGGUGGGAAGUUUGGAGGUGAUGGUAAUGGAAAUUUCUAUGAGAGAAAUGUUUUUAAUGUGAUUUAUCAGCAUCAAUGGUCUGAAAACAAGAGUGUUUCUGGAAGAACAUAUACGUAGGAGCUGCAGUUUCUGUACUGAAUAAUAUAGCAGCUUGUAUUAUUGAUAACCUAACAUGUCCAAGGUGUGUUUGUGUGUAAUUUGCUUGUACUUUGAAGUUUAUUUUUCUAUAUAAUAAAUGUUAAAAGAGAAUCCUAUGAAUA